AUGACUUGCAUAGAAAUUCCACUCCAAGAUAUCAUAUCCGCCACCAAUGAUUUUGCGGAAGCCAACGUAAUUGGGAAAGGUGGGUUUGGGAAAGUCUAUAAAGGAGAAAUUAUGUUAUCCAUGGAGCCCAUCAUAGUUGCUAUAAAGCGUUUAGAUAGUUCAUAUGGGCAAGGACCUCAUGAAUUUGAGAAAGAAAUUAAGUUUCUUUCUAGUUAUAAGCAUUCAAAUCUUGUGUCACUUUUGGGUUUUUGUGUUGAGAAUGGAGAAUCUAUACUUGUUUACGAGUAUUUAUCUAACAGAAGUCUCGACUUACACAUAAGUAGACCCGAUAUCUCUUGGCUGCAACGCAUUAAAAUAUGUUUAGAAGCCGCAAAGGGACUACAAUUCCUUCAUGAACCUGUAGAGGGGAGUUCGGAAAGACUCUUGCACCGAGAUAUCAAAAGUGCAAAUAUACUAUUGGAUCAAUACUUGAAUCCUAAGAUAGCAGACUUUGGUUUGUCUAAAUUGGCUCCCGCUGGCCUAGAUUGUACUUUGCUUCAAUGCACAGUAGUAGGCACAGUGGGUUAUUCCGAUCCCAUGUAUAUGCGUGAAGGCUUCUUAACAAAAGCAUCUGACAUCUAUUCCUUUGGUGUGGUUUUGUUUGAAGUUAUGUGUGGUAGACCACAAGUUACAAAAACAGAUGACGGUGAGCUCCAAUUUUUGACGCCAUUGUCAUUGAAACGCUACGAACAAAAUAAAAUGGGUUCAAUUAUUAUUGGUCUAGAUGUUGAUAUUUCACCGAAGUGUUUAAAUAGCAUUUCUAAGAUAGCGUAUCGAUGUUUGCAUUUACAACGUGAGAGACGACCGUCAAUACAAGAAAUCGUGCAUCAGCUUGCAAUUGCCUACAAGUAUCAACAACAGUUCGAGAACCCCGAAUUGCUUAUAGAGGAACCGCUAAAUGAGGACACAAUUGAGACAGAAACAGAAACAGUUCGUGUCAAAUUCCAGUUACAGAGAAAAUGUUCAUAUGAAGAUAAAAUUUUAGUGACAGGAAAUGAUCAAGUUUUGGGUUUAUGGGAUCCAAACAAUGCCAUUGAGCUAAAAUGGUCAGAAGAUCAUUUAUGGAGCACUGAUCUUGACAUACCGACGGCAAAGUUCAUCAAGUUUAAGUUCAUAAUGCGAAAAGGUAAUGGUGAAAUCGUGUGGCAACCUGGUCCCGACAGAGUUCUUGCGUGUUAUAAAACUGACAAAACGAUGACUUUGAGUGAAGACUGGGAAGAUCCUGACUCACGUUGGAUAACUGAAUUCGGGGCCACAUUGAAUCAACCUUUGGUCAGCGUUAGUGGCGCUAAAGAACCAUAAGAGUAUACAAAAAGUUUGAAACAAGGAUUGCCUCCUGGAUUGAGUCAAUAUCAAGAGGAUUAUCAAUUAUGUUGACGUAACUUCAAAUUAUGAACCCGGAUUCCUUAAUGCAUCUGCCAUGGUGUCUACCGAUCCUGAUAUAGCUAAGGACCUCAAAUUGCCUGAGGUAAAAUGACUAUAGCUUGAUUUACGAGAUUCGGUCACGAGGAACGACAGUCAAAACGACCGUAAGGGAUUUGGUCAUUUUUCGGACCCGGAUAUGCUUUCUCUUAUGAGCUAUUUUCAUUUUGAUAUUUUCUUAUUAGUUUUUUGACAUUGUUUGUGGGUUUGUUUUCGGUUUG